AUGAGACCUCAAUCAGUGUGGCGGUCACUCAGCCUGCUUCAGAGAGUGCCGGUCCGGUGCAGCUCGGGCCGUCGAGCUAUCCAGACCACCACCACCCGGAUACCGAACUUUGCUUUUGCCUUUGACAUUGAUGGAGUCCUCCUCCGAUCCUCAAAACCCAUCCCCGGUGCUGCCGACUCCUUGGCUCUCUUGAAGGAGCAGGGUAUUCCAUUCAUUCUCCUCACAAACGGCGGCGGUAAACACGAGAUGGAACGCGUCGCCGAGAUCAGUGAAAAGCUGAAUGUCCCACUGGAUCCAUCUGUCAUUAUCCAGAGCCACUCGCCUUUUGCAGAGCUGGUAAAAGGUGUGGAUGAGGUGGGUGCGCUCGAGCAUAAGUGUGUGUUGGUGGCUGGAGGUGAUGGCGAUAGUUGUCGGCGCGUGGCGGAACAAUACGGUUUUAAGAACGUCGUGACUCCAGGAGAUAUUUUCAUGGCCAACCCCUCCGUCUGGCCCUUCUCGAAGAACUUCACAGAAUACUAUAAGACAUUUGCACGACCGCUUCCCAAGCCGCUGGACCCGGCCGACCCUACUAAAGGCCUCAAGAUCGACGCUGUCUUCGUGUUUAAUGAUCCUCGCGAUUGGGCCCUUGAUACACAGGUGAUUCUGGAUAUCUUGCUUUCCUCAAAUGGGCACUUCGGUACUUUAUCAGAAAAGAACGGCCGGGCCGACCUCCCCAAUCACGGUUACCAGCAGGAUGGACAACCCCAUCUAUAUUUCUCCAAUCCCGACCUGUGGUGGGCGGCUGCCUAUCCCUUGCCACGUCUUGGCCAGGGCGGGUUCCGAGAGGCACUGGAAGGUGUCUGGGCCGCGACGACAGGUGGUCCCAGCAAAGGUAUUGAACUGAAGAAAACCGUGAUCGGCAAGCCUUACCAGCCCACCUACGAGUUUGCCGAGCGACAGCUGCUUCGGAAUCGAGCCAAGGCUUUCGGUGGCGCGGCAGAUCUACCUCCUUUGCAGCGGGUCUACAUGAUUGGAGACAACCCCGAGUCAGACAUUCGGGGUGCAAACUCCUACCGCAGCGAGACUGGCAGCAGCUGGCAGUCCAUUUUGGUGCGAACUGGUGUAUAUAGUGGUGGAGAGCCCGCCUGGACUCCACAUACUAUCGCGGAUGAUGUUCAGCAGGCGGUGCAGUGGGCGCUGAAAACGUCCAAGUGGACUGGCUAA